GAAGACAAACAAGUAUAUAAGAUCUUGCUCGUGAAGUAUGUCCAAGUAAAAGAAGAGCAAGGGAAACUCAAGUCUCCUCUACAGUCAAUUUCCACAGAAACAUUUAAAUCUCCAAGCAGCAUGGCUCCUUCCAUCGACAUCCCACAGACAGUGGAAUGGCAGGGCAAGCAAGUCCCAGUGUGGUCUAUGCAGACCAUCGAUUAUGGUCUUAUACUCUCACAAGAUCCCUCUGAAAUCGACAAGGUCACAAAAGCCUGCCUUGAAGAUGGAUACUUCUAUCUCAACCUUCAAAGCAUUGAUGGCCGCCGAAUGCUCAGUGACCAGAAAGACACGCUUUCGCUCAUGAAGCGCUUCUUCGAUGCCCCCAUUGAGGCCAAGAACGAGUACGGACUCAUCUCUUCUCACCUCGGGUACGAGCCAGUCGGAAGCCGGACUGGCGCCUUUGGCGCUGGCAGCAAAGACGGCUACGAGAUGCUCAAGGUGUCUCGUGAUGAGAUCCAGCGCGGCAGCCCCAAGGUCCCAUCGCCUAUCAAGAACAACGGUGACCUUGGCCUCCUUGAGAACGCCAUCGGCAGCGCAAACACUAUCACAAAGGUCAUCCUCUCUGCGCUUUCUACGGGCAUGAAUCUGACUGGAGCAUCUCGGUACGAGAACUCGCACCGCAACGACCGACCCUCCACCACUACGCUCUCCAUGAUGCAUUAUCUUCCUUCCUCGGUAACUGGCAACGAUAAAGUCGGACACCAAAAACACACAGACAUCAGCUCUCUUACGCUCCUCUUUAGCGAGCAAUGGGGCCUCCAGAUCCGGCCACCAGGGACCUGCGGUGCACGGGAGAUGGGUUUCGUGGCGCCGCGAGCCGGCCACGCCUUCGUCCACGUAGGCGACUCGCUUCGUUUUGCGAGCGGCAUGAAGUUCCAGUCGUGCAUUCACCGUGUAGUGCCCUUUGAUCCGUCCGAGCACCGCUACUCUAUCGCGUACUUCCUACGCGCUGAGGAUGACACCAUGUUUGUGGAUUCCGAGGGUAGGUACAUCACUGCGGGCCAAUGGCACGAUGAGAAAUUCAAGGCGUUCACCGAUCCCUGGCAGUGGCAGGCCAUGGCACCCGGGUCAAUGAUCCUGGGCGGCAUGAAGGAGGCGGGUGAGGAUGACCCUGAGGGUGAACCCGUUGCAUUCCAGGUGGAGAAGACUAAGGAGGUUGCUGUUGAGGCCUGA